AAUUUGUCAAAUGCAGUAGUAUUGAACUCCGCAGUGGAUAUCGUCAACUUAUUUCAGCAUGCACUGGGACAAUAUAUUAAAUAUGUAACCCGUAUGAGUCCAGUAUGUCAAGAAUUUUAGACAUAAACCAGCCGGAAUCGCGGAACUGGUUGAAACAAUGGCGGGCAGUCUUCGUCACGAGACAAGCCAUUCUGCCCACUGUCAGUACGGAGGCAACCCAGUUACAUGGCGACAUAUUGCACAAAGCACAGGUGCCAGCAUGCACUACAUGCUCUUUCAGAGAUGUACAAAACAGACGUUUAAGGUGCCAUUAUCAUACUGUGUUUCGGGGAGAGUUGGUCAACGAGCAUGCUUAUGGACUAGCAAAAGGCAUAGAUGCACUAACGUUGAAAAACACGAAAGCAGAAAACUGGAUUCACUCACCAUGGGAGAUCGCCAAGGUGUUUAUGCCACCAGCUGGGUACGAGAAUAAAACCACAAUUGAAGAAACGGAUUUCAAUGGCAUUGCUGGGUUCAUCAUUAACUGCAAGCGUUUCCAGGGGAAAAUCACAGGCAGUAUCUGUGAAAAGGCUCGAGAAGUGGUCAACCACAUUCGGCACAUGCCGGACAGUUGCUCAAGCGCCCUGACUGACCAGGCCACAACUGAGUGCAUAGAUAAACUACUCACUCUACUGAACGAAUCGGCACUGCAGACGCGGUCAGAGGUCUUACAGGCUUGUAGAGAACUCGAUGAGCUGAAGACAGCCGACAUAUCCAAAGAUGUGCAUGCAUGUAAGUAUAUCUGCCAGGAGUUACAUGAUGAAUUCCAACAGAGACUUGCAGGUAUUGAAAUGAAACUACAAACAACAGUAAUUGAUACAGAAAGCGCAAAAGAAUAUAUAUGCACUGAGAGCAAGAAUCUGAAAGAAGAACUUGCAGCACUAGAACAUUUUUCUGACAAUGCAAUGCACGACUUGUUAGGGACUAAAGACAACAUCCUUCUGUCUUUUAACGAAGAGAGAAGGAGGAUCAUGGAUCGUAUAACUUUGUUGGAACAGAAGGCUGCAGAAAACAUUGAACAAUCUGUAACAGAAGGUAAAAGAACGCUUGAAAGACAUGUCAAAGAAGAGAGAAGACAGGCCUCAGAUCACAUUGAACAAUCAGUAGCAGAUGGUAAAAGAACACUUGAGAGACAUGUUAAAGAAGAGAGAAGACAGGCCUCAGAACACAUUGAACAAUCGGUAACAGAUGGUAAAAGAACAAUUGAGAUAUAUGUUAGGGAAGAGAGAAGACAGGCCGCAGAACAUAUAGAACAAUCAGUAACAGAUGGUAAAAGAACGCUUGAGACACAUGUUCAAGAAGAGGCAAAGCAGGCCUCAGAUCACAUCGAACAAUCAGCAACAGAUGGUAAAAGAACAAUUGAGAUAUAUGUUAGGGAAGAGAGAAGACAGGCCACAGAACACAUUGAACUAGCCGUAACAGAUGGCAAAAGAACGCUUGAAGAUCAGACAGAGAGACUUGUGAAGCAGUUGCGUAAAGAAGAAGUCGAACAUCUAGAAGAAAAGAAAAAUGAUUUAAAGGAAAAGUUGAUCAACCAUUACAAAACAAAUUCUGUAAGAACGAACGUCCGAUUGGACAUUGAUGCAGCUGUAGAAGACAUUUAUGAAACGCCCAAACUGAUAUUGAAAAACAAGAAAAACAAAGAUGGCAAAUUCGAAGAUGAAGAUAUAUCAGAAAUAAAUAAGAUGUUUCAGAUAGACAAUGGCAAGAUGGCUAAAAAAAUAUUCGUCGAGGGCGGACCGGGCUCAGGCAAGUCCGUACUUUGCAUAAAGAUUGUAAAUGAUUGGUGCAAACUAAAAGAAGACGACACUAAGGAGACACAGAAAGACAAUAUGUUAAGCCAGAUUGAGUUCUUAUUCUACAUUAGACUUCGUGAAGUUGAGAAUCAAUGCAAGGUCAAAGAAAUGAUAUUACAGUGUUUGAUUGAACUCAUUCAGUCAGAUGAAAACGGAUCAAAUGAAUUGCUAACAGAGAUUUUGAAAUCGGAACAUUGUCUUUUACUUCUUGAUGGUUUAGACGAGUGGACGCAUCGCACUGAAUGUAAACUUGAUGAACGAAUUCCACAUGUUGAAUCAAGUUGGUUGCACUGUACAACAUUGAUAACAACACGACCGUACAAACUAGCGGAGCUGAAAGUAAGCAACGCAAAGCUUGGCAAACAUGUGCAGUUGCAGGGCGUUCAGUCACCUGAGAAACUUGUUCGGAGAAUACUUGGGGAGUUAGGAAGAAGUCAUCAAGUAGAAGGGGAUACAGAUACCUGCGUUAACGACAUUGAAUUGAAAGGUCUGUGGCAUUUCUCAGAUGUUCCAAUCAUGCUGGUACACAUUGUUUGGCUCUGGCAUAGAGGCAAGUUAAAAGAUAAAAUGACUUUGUAUUCAGUGUACAGGAAAAUAAUGAAAGAACGGUGGUGUGAAAUGUGCGAAAAGAAACACAUACAAGAGAAAGAACUUCCGAAAGAUUUCCUUUAUGGGUUGGGUGAAUUAGCUUUCCAAAAACUGUUUUCCGCUCGUGAGGAUGAGUCUAUUGUUUUUAAAAUUAAAGGGUCUCAACUAGAGAAAUUUGGACAAUAUAAACAGACGUCCCUUGAAUCUGGCAUCAUUUCGUGCACCAACAGAGCAGGUGAAAGAUCAGCGUCUUUUCAAUUUUUGCACAAAACGAUUCAAGAGUAUUUGUCGGCAUGGUAUUUAGCGAAUUGUGGAUCAGAUUUGUCCGAAAUGUGCAAACACAUUCAAACGGUUUAUUUACACAACAGGAGUGAAAGUGUAACCAGCUUGUCGGAGAUGUUUCUUUUUCUUUGUAGCGUGAAUAAAACUGCUGCUGAAGUGUUUUCCAAAACAUUAAAUGAGCUGUUUACUAAACAUUGUGAAAGAGAUGGUUAUUCAGCUGACACAACUUGCGAAUUUCAAAACAUGAUACUGAGAGGCUACGACGAGGCGGAGAAAAGCGGACACUCCAGCACGGAUUUGGAGUUAUGCUUACAGCAUAUUGUAUUUGAUGAUGAGUUCAGGGAUAAAGUAAAAAAAUCCAAACUUUGUUUGGAUAUUAGAAAAUCGAAUCUAGUGUCUUUACACAUAGAUGGAAUAUUACACUCUGAUUUAGAUCUACUCGACGCGGAAGAGCCAUAUGAUAUCAACCAAUUGAAUUUGUGCGGCUUACUAGAAUGUAACAUAAAAUUCAAAGAUUACCAGACGGCAAGUAAACUGACAUCUUCAUUUCUGUCCUCAGAUUUGAAGUGUUUGAAAUCACUGACUUUGGGCAACUUUGGUUGGGAAUAUAAAGCUAAGGAAAUCUUAUCAAAACUUAGAAAUAUUGAACAUCUAGACCUCAAAUGGUACAAGGAGAGUACAACAAAUGAUUCACAAUUGGACAUAGGACAUCUCCAUCACCUCACCAAUCUCUCAUUAAGUGGAAUGGCUUUCUCUGACGUUGUUAAUCUACAGAUGACCAAUCUGAAAUGGUUACGGGUGUGUUUUAUAACCAAACAACGAGCGCCACAGUUGAUGACUGCACUCAGUGAAAGUUUACUCAAUUUGAGCUCAGAUUGGUCGCCCUUUGUCCUAGCACGUGUUCAAUUGAAGAACAUGCUUAUACCAGCGAGCUUAUUCAGACGUCUCGUAAAAACGGUGAUACAGUCGGGACAUGAAGUUAACUGUACAUUAGAGGACUGUGAACUAGAGCACGAGGAGGACCUGACGCAGCUGCAGGCGGAGAUGGAAAACCAGCCCGCCAUCCAGAUGGUGGCUCCAAAGCCGAACUCAGCGUGUUUUAAGAAAGUCUUUGAUUUGUCGAUUUCGGCAAUGUCAGAAAGAACAUUUAGGUGUCUCGUUAGUAUGAUGAUAGAGUCCAGACAUUCUGGACGGUGUAACUUACGUAAUUGUACAAUAACGCCAAAGGAGGACGUGAGGAAUGUGCCAGAGGAGACGGAAAACCAGGCCACCAUCCAAAUGGUAGCUUCACAAACCGCCUCACCUGACUAUUUAACAUUCAUUUAUUUAAAUGAUGUGGCAAUGUCAGAAAGAACAUUUAGGUGUAUCGUUAGUAUGAUGGUAGAGUCCAGACAUUCUGGGAAGUGUACGUUACGUAAUUGUACAUUAACGCCAGAGGAGGACGUGAGGAAUGUGCUAGUGGAGACGGAAAACCAGGCCACCAUCCAUAUGGUAGCUUCACAAACCGCCUUACCUGACUAUAAAACACACUUUCGUUUAUUUAAUGUGGCAAUGUCAGCAGGAACAUUCAGGUGCCUCGUUAGUAUGACGUUACGGCCAAGACAUUUUGUGGAGUGUAAGUUAUUUAAAUGUACAAUAAAGGCAGAGGAGGACGUUAGGCCUAUGCAGGAGGAGAUGGAGAACCAACAUGCCCUCCAGGCGGUGGCUCCACAGAAGACCGAACCUUGCUAUGAAACAUUCAUUAAAUCUCACUGUGUUACGAUGCCGGCAAAAGUUGUUAGAAACCUAGUAAGCAUGCUGAUACAGUCGGGACAUGCUGGUCGACAUGAAAUACAUUACUGUAAAAUAGAGCCUGAAGAAGAUUAUGAUCAGCUGCAAACGGAGAUGGAGAACCGGGCAGCUUUCUGGCUGACUCAACAGCCAGUUGCAAAUGACUAUGCAACAGUUAUUUAUUUGUUCGAUGUAAAGUUGUCAGAAAGCAUGUUCAGGUAUAUCGUUAAUAUGGUAGUAUGGUCAGGGCAUAAUGUGGACUGUGCGUUCGCUUACUGUAAGAUAGAGCCUAGGGAUAACCAACCCGUCUACCAGUUAGUGUCCACCUCAACUGACUAUACAACACGCAUUACGUUUCGAAAUAUGUACAUACCAGAAUGUUCAUUCCGUCACCUCGUUAGUAUGAAUAUACAGUCGGGGCAUUUUUUGGACUGUGAAUUUAUAGAAUGUGCAACAUUUUUAGUAGAGGAAGAGAAGGACGUGAGUCAGCUCAUGGAUGAGAUGGAGAACGAGCCGGUCCUUCAGGUGUUUGAUGAAUUGCCCACCGCACCCGACUAUGUAAAAUGUAUUAAAAUACUUUUUUCGACACUAUCGGCAUCAGUAGUCAAUUGUCUCAAUAAUAUGGUGCGAACGUCAAAACACCACGUAGAUUGGAAGUUAUUGGACUGUAUAAUAGAGCCGCGGGAGGAUGUAAGGCAGCUGCUGAUGGAGAUGGAGGACAACUCCGCCAUCAAGGUAUCUUCCUACAUUGGCGAAAACGGGAAAUGGAACAUAACGUUAAAUGAAAACGUAUGAGAGUUUAUCGCUGGGCGGAAGACCGACGUCCUGUGUCUUCAAACAAAGAGAAGUAACGGAUAAAAGUCUAUGAAGUCUAUGAAGAAAAUUACAUUUCAUGAACUUAUUAUCAGAAGACUUUUCACAUACAAGGACAUAGCGACAAAAGGUUAUGUGAAAUUAUUCUGCAUAUUCUGCAUAUUAAGUGUGUACAAAGAUUAUUGUUAUAUGAAUGUAGUUAAUACGUUUUAUUACAUGUGUCCAAGUUACAAAAACGUGCACACUAAAUGAAAUGAUUCAUGAACGAAAACGCUAAUAGAACUUCGAGAAUUGAUUGAACCUUAUAUCUUUGUCCAUGCGAAGUAUGCUGUCGUAUAAAGUGCGGCUUCAUCAGCACUGGCACCGGAUUUUCAAAUUCACUAAGGAUAAGUAUUUGGAAGAUGGAUAUCAUGUCCUUCUCAAUAUGGUAGAGUGUUUGGAAACUGGAUAUCAUGUCCUUCUCACUAAGGUAGAGUGUUUGGAGCAUGGAUAUAAUGUCCUUAAAUUUCGAUGAUGUUAAUCUGCAGACAUUCAUUUGAAGGUAGUAAUUAGAUAAUAACGUGAACCGGUAAGCGAACCGUUCAAUACCAUGUUAGUAUACUUAUACAGUACAAAAUGCAUAUUUAUAGAUAUUCUUUUUCACAUGUUUUGGUAGUACAUGUAUAAGGUAUUAAUAUAUUAAGUUGGGAAUUAUAAGGUUGAAAAUCCGCCAGUGUUCAUCAGCUGUAGUAGGUAGAAACGUGGAACUACUUGUUGGUUGUUAUAUUUACAUAUACGGUCAUUGCGUAACAGAUGUGAUUUUUCUUGUUGGCUGCUCAUAUGUUCAUAUAAGGCCUAUGUGGUAUAUACUUAAAUUAGCUACAGUAUUAAGAAAUGUGGAAUGACUUGUGGCUUAUUAUAUGUUCAUUUAAGGCCAUUUCAAUACAUGUUUUAAGCAGAUAUAGUAUAAAGACAUGCAGAAUGACUUGUUUGUUGUUUAUAUUUACAUGUACGGCAAGUAUGGUACAUGUUUAAGGGCCGGACACAGUGCAAAAGUGGGUGGGGAACUUCCUAAUCAACAAUUUCUUGAAAGUUCUAGGUGAUAUAUUUUGAAAUGAGAAAGUGAUUCAAAAAUGUUAUGAAACCUAGUGGAUGAAAUUCAUAUCAUGGAUACGAAAAAUGCAAAUAUCUUUUUUAACAUAGCUGCAAUCACCAUAAUGCCUCAAGACAAUGUUUAUUUGGCUGUUAAGAUAAUUUUGACUCAUAAACAUACUCAUUUUGUAUUAAGACAUUUCCGGGAAAACGUACAUGUAAAUGCUUUUUGAUUGGAAAACUAGUGAACACUUCUUUCAUUAAAAUUGCUCAACUAUUAAUUACAGAUUUACAUGUUGCAACGGAUAUAUGAAUUUUGCUUGCUUAAUAUUGAACCCCAAAACUAAAUAAGAAUUUAUUGUUUUAAACAUUUCAAUUUUAGUCCUUUAAACGACGUUUGCAUUGUGUUGUCCGGCCUUUAAAGCAGCUAUUGUAUAUACAAAUCAUUUUUACAUGUUAGUACAUGUUUAAAGCAUAUGUUGUACAUGUAUAUUGAAAUGUGAAAUUACUUGUUGAUUUCUCGUAUUGACGUGUAAGGCAUAUACUUGAUGACAACAUUUAUGCACAACUUAUUUUUGUUCAAUCAAUUCAGGAAGUUAAAAUACUUAAAACAAUGAACAUGAAAUCAUUUUGUUACACUGCAUAUUGGUUUUGUAGGACGUAAUGAUUUUAGUCUCUUUGAUGUAUGACAAUACUUUAAAUAUUUAGUAUCUGAAUAACAGCCAUAACGUGUUUUUACGGAAACAAUUCCAAUGCUGAUAUAAGAAUAAUACAUAAACGUGUUUGUGUCGCAAAUGGUUGAUCUAUAAACAUUUUGAACAAUAUCUACGAAAUGCUGGGGACGUUGUCGAACGUUUUCGACAUGAUGCAUUAAAAUGGUUCCAAGUUGCAAUUCAACCGCAAAAGACACGUUGUGCUCUGUUUGUGGAAAGUCAAGGCGUUUCAUAGUUGUACGGCUCUUAGUUCCGUUUAAAACUGUUAAAUUGCCUACUCAGAAUUAUUGUUCGCUAUAUAUGUUGUUUUACGUGAAAGAAAACACUAAGCAGUUGGUACCCAAAAUGUUUAUAUAAUAUAAACCCGUGCACACCUUUUGUUUGUAAGUAUAAAUAUACAACUGUAAAAUGACUUAUUUGCUUUGAUAAGAACAUUGUAGGACAGUGUGGUACAUGUAUAAUCAGCUGAUGUAUACAGAAAUGUGGAAUGUCAUAUUCGUUUCCCGUAUUUAAAUGCUAAGUUUGUGUUGUACAUGAACCAAGUAGCUAGCUUUACGUAAUUCUCAUUUUUACAUGAAAGAUCAUUAUGGUGCUUAUUAAAAGCAGCUGCUGUGUAAAGACAUAUGGAACCGCUACAUGUUGUUCUCAUUUAUACAUGUUUGACCAUUAUGAUACAAGUCUAAAGCAGCGGUUCUAUUUAUAGAUUUGGAAUGAUUGUUUGGCUUUUCAUAUUCAUAUUCUCCUGUUCUUUCUUCCGGACUACUCAAUGUCAAACUUUUCUUUACUUUAGUACAUAUAGAAAUAAAUGUACAGUCGAACCCCGUUGGCUCGAACUUUCAUGGACCGGCUAAAAUACCUCGAGCCUCGAAAAAUCGAGCGAAGCGGAAAUGCUUAACUUAAGUAUAUAGAAAUCGAUCCUUUACAUGGAGUUCGAGCCAACGAGGAAAUCGAGCCAAGCGAACGAAUUCGAGCCUACGGGGUUUGACUGUAUAUUUAAAAAAUGCGCCUCGAUUACACUAUCCACUGUACAAUUAUCAAUGUUUUUUUUAAUUAUUAUUCUUUAGUGUGCUAUUGUGAAUUAUGAAUCAAAUACGACAACAUGUUAACUCUGGUAUUUCGUACCACAUGUCAUUUUAUCUAACGAUAUACAAAAUGGAGACUAAGAAAAAGCAGUUAUGCUUACUUCUCAAAUCUGUUAAUGUGUACAUUCAUUGUUAGUGGAUCUUAUUCUUGAUAUCUCAUACUUACAAAUAUUGACAACCAUGAUUACUUUGUGAUUAUCUGUCUACUUGGUAGGUUGUGUGUUUUUGAACUGAUUGUAUUAUAAAAUACUGGUUAAACCAAACGACUUAAUUGCCUCAGAUUAUUAGCGUGUGAAAAUAGCAAAAUAUCAUCCUCACGAUUCCAAAACGUCUAAUAACAACUGUCUAUGAAUAAAAGAUACAUAUUUUGCAGAUUCACCAAUAUCCUACUUAUGACUGAUACACGCAUAUUCUAAAGAGUAACACAUUGAAUAUUGAUUACCGAUACUGAUUUUAAAGGAUAACCAAUUGUCUAUUAUUAGCAUUGGUUCAAAAAGUUAUUUACAACGCGUCAAAUAGGAGAUUCCUGUGAUAAAUGUGUUUAUAAGCUAAGUUAUGCCAACACAUUAAAUACAAAGAGUCACGAACACAAAUAAAGACGGAGAGAUAACAAAUAAAAGCACUGUUAACAGAGGUGACUUAUUUAUGAAACCGUUUUAUUUUCCAUGAUAGAGUUUCAAAGUUUUACUUCCUCGGAUACAUUUAAUAAUCUCCGCAACAGGUAAUCAAUACAUAUUGAAACAUCUUAAAUUCAAGUUGUCUUAGUAUUGUGCUGAUUUGUUUCUAGGUUGAUAUAUAUUUUGAUUGUUUAUAAUGCGAUUAACAUUUCAAUAGUGGCAUUUUGGCUAAGAUGAAGGAAACAUUAAAUAAUUGUCUUUUUAUUAUUUUUUGGUUAACAAUUGUAGUAGGUGGGUUGUCUUUCAUUAAUAAUUGGUAUGUUCUCCAGCUAGAGGCCAAACUUUAAAACCAAUGCUGCUGGAAAUUGGUCAGAAUGAUUGGCUUGAUGAAAUAUAAGACACGAAUAUGGGUAAAAGGCUAGGUCACAAUCUUAUUAAAGUCAUUUUUGUUUCGAAAAAACUGCUUGAAUCAUCCGAUCCAUGUGAUUUGUUAUCAGAUUCAGACUAUCAAAUUAUUGAUUUGUUAAAAUCUCCACCAGUUUUAAAUAUUGUCUUCGUGAUUCCAAAACUAGGUCAAAAGUUAAAAUCUUAGAAACAUCUAGCUUACGCACUGUAUACCUUUUUAUCAUCCAAUAUUUUCGAAAAUUCAUAGGAAUGAUUGUCAUGAUACAUAUUCAAUCAAGUUCGAAUGUAGAUUCAACAGCUUGAUCACUAGUUCAUAUUUAUUUUUUUGAACAACGCGAAUCCUGGUCAGAGCGAUUUUGUUGUAAUCUUGUUUUGUUGUAAUCGUCAUUGUAAAUAUGCACAUUGAAAUGUUUCUAUGCAAUUAAACGAGCUUUUUCUGUACUGUUAGUGUGUUAUUGAAUAUAUAAUAGAUAAUAACAUUUUAUUGUUCUUAUUGAGUUUGUGACUAGUUGAUUUUUAUUCUCGAUUUUUGUUGGCAACAUUGUUUUUGACUUUGUUUAAAUUGAGUUAUCUUCAUUUAUUUUAACACCCCACAGCAGUUGGCAGAUUGCAUUUGAACAUAAUUUUUCAAUAGUGUCAAUUUCUGCCUUUGUUUUAAAUAAUUGUUAACAAACGAGGUUUUAUAUAUUGUGUUUUCUAAUCAUUGCUUCAAGAAUUUUGGUGACAAUUUACAAAAAAAUAAUUAUUCGAUGUACGACUGUAUUAUUAGUUAUUUGGUCUGUUACUGACCCACUUCGGAAAAAUGGGGGGUCUGUGAGAUUUAGCCGAGUCCCACUAUAAAUUUCACAGACCCCCCAUUUUUCCUUAGUGGGUCAGUAGCGGACCAAAUAACCGAUUUAUUUCAUCGACCACUUCUCAUGGGCAAAAAUGUUUAAACUUAAAUAUAAGAAUCGAUGAAUGGCGGCCAUUUUUGUCGACUAUUGACUUUACUUACCCACUAUAGAAAAAUUGUGGGUCACCGUGUGACUUCUCUUAUCUAAUGAAAAAGUCAGAAACUAGUGGGAGGUGAAAUAUAAAACGUGAACGAGUCCCUUUCAGAUAAGAACAGAUCAGUGACUUACUGACUAUUUUAUUAUCUAUUUAUAAUGAAUUAAUAUUGUUUGUUCUGUAGUAUGUGAACAUUUUUUAUGGAGUUAUUGUACAUAUAAAUAUGAUUGUAUUAAUAUAAUUGUUUGUUUUAGUGUAAGAUAGCAAUAUAUUUCACCAAGUGAACACCAAAACCUUUAUUUCACGAAAUGCGUAGCCAUGAGUGUAUAGCUUACUCCUGGAGGUCACGAGGUCAAGUUUAUAACGAUCUUACACUGAAACAAACCUUUUAUCUUUGUAUUAUAUGCCCAAAAGAAUAUAGAAUGAUAGUUAAUUUUAUUUUUUUAACGACAUAUCGUAUGAAAUUAAAUGUCAUUUCGGAAUUGCCCUCAAAGAAUUUUUAUCCAGUGCGCGCUAAAGUUUGAUUUUGUAAUGAGAGCGCGCUGAAAGGUCACACAGUAAAAAAUAUCAAAUUGUUUAUAUUGGAAAGGGUUAAAUAAUGUUUUAAUUAUUCACAUUUAUUUCGUUAAUUAUAAUCUAAAAUUAUUUGCAUUUUAUCAACAUUCUCGGACUGGGGAUUAUAACUAACACACAUGGGCUAGUUGCGAUACAUGACAAAACAUUAAGUUUUAAUGUUGAUUGAGUCGUUGAACUGUUAUAGUUAACAACAUAUUUGACAAUCGUUACAUCGAACAUUGUUUUUUUCUUUUUCUAAAUAUGUUAAAUCACCUGACAUAUGAAUGCUUAUAUGUUGAUUUAAUGCGAUGUUAUAUUGCAUUGUUAACUAUUGUUUGAUGGAUAAUAUAAAUAGUUACGAUGUACUAUGUAAAUGUCUUAAAUAAACACUUCUGUAUGAUAACCA